CAAUUUGGUACUCAACCGAUACCGACGGCUGCUGCUGCCUGCAGAAGAAGAAAAUAAACCAAACAAACAGCGAAAAAUGUUGCAACAAAAUAUUUUAGAUCAACUUAAACAAUUUAUAGAAACAGUUAGCAGUGACCACAGCAAUCCACAGUCGCUAACAAAGCCCUCACUCAUCAAAGUUGCUUUGGGCUUUCUCGAUGAGUUGCCGGCGACGCGCGACAUUGUCUUCGAUUACUUCGGCAUUCUGGCCGAGAUCGGUGUGCAGCUGUAUGUAUCGCCCGAGAUGAUGGACCAAAAGACGGGCAUGCCCGUCUCACAAAUCAAACAAGGCGGCAAUCGGCAACAACAAAUGCGCGCCGAGGAGUACGAAAGUUUCAACAUGGUGAAGACAUCGUUGCAGAAUCUGGUGUGGAAGGGCCCGCCAGCCUGGUCGCCACUUAUAGCCAACUGGAGCCUGGAGCUGGUGGCCAAGCUGUCGGAUAAAUACACCCAGCGUCGCAUGACCAUCACAGCCAGCUGCAAUUAUUGGCUGGAAUGCAGUGCAAUGCAUGGAUUGCUCACACUGAUCAACAGUUGCUUUCGCAAGCUGAGCAAUGCGGAGGCGGAAUCGUGUGUGGAAACGAUGCUCAAUGCAUUCCAUCGCUAUCCAAUGACGUUUGAUUGGAUUGUCGCCAGAUUAGGAGGCUGUUUUCCUCACAAGAUCAUUAUGCAGAUAUUGCAGUGUGGCAUCAAGCGUUUUGCGGAGGAUUAUCGCUGUCAUUUGGACUCGGAGGCGGGCAUUUUGGACUACAUGACUUCUUGUCACGAGCAGCAGUUGUGUGCAGCAUUUCGCGAGAUGUUGAAAGACGGUUUGGCGCCCAAGAAGCCACUCGAUGUGGCCAUUGUGCCGUUUCUUCUGAUAACCACCAAUUACUCCGAUGCCAUACUGCAGAGUUUGGUCAACGUGUUCAUAGAGAUAUUCACCGAUGAGAUGUGCGAUGCCAUUGUGCAGAAAGCGCCGCUUUGGCUGAGCAAUAAAAUGUUUGCAGACAUGCAGCCAUCUCUGAACAACGCUGUGCUGCGUCUCAACCAGCAUGGUGCCAAGUUGCUGCUGAUGGUCUCACGCAUGGCCGAGAAGUACACUUGGUGUCAGGAUUUUCUCGACACGUCAAUGCAAGAAUUGGAGCAGUGGGUGCUCAAUAUGCGCAACUUUCCGCUGCUUGUUGACUUGGCCUUUGAAGAGACAAAGUAUAUGCUGUGGAAAAGCUGUCUCAGCACGAAUAUAUUGGAACAGCAGACGGCAGUGCGACUGCUCUUGGUUGUCUCCUCACAGCAUCCGCAUAUCUAUUAUCAAACCAUAUCAGAAUUGCUGCGCAAAUCGUAUGCCCAGAAUCCAAGCACAAUUGGUGCGCUAAUGCGCUUGCUGGGCGGCCAGAGUGGUGUGCUCAACUUUCCUAGCAUUACGAAGGGUUUCAAAAUGGUGCUGGAAGACAUAACGUUGCAGGAACAGGUGAACAAUCGCUUGCUCGUGGAGCCAGGCACGCCAACCGAGGCAUACAACACGUUCUACAACCUCAACAUAUUGACCAAAAUGCAAAAGAAGAAUCACUUUCCACACGUUAAGCCGCAGCUGUUGACACAAUCGUUGAACGAAUGCCUGCCCAAGAUUAUACAAAUACUCGACUGCACCAUUCAGAAGCUAGUGCUCAAAAUGGACAAGGAUGCAGCUGAGCACAGUGCGGAGAAAUUCAAAUUGCAGCAGGCCAAUAAUAACAACAACAAUAAUGGCUACAGUAUUGAUGGCAUAAAGCGAGCCAAGCUCGACUCAGCCACAGAUGACGAAGCCAGAGACGCAGCACGCAUGCGUUUGGCCCAUCAAAUCGUUGACCUGUUGAACAACAUUGAAGCUGGAGCCCGAGCGAAUGUGCUACGCACUCCGUUGGUGCUUAAGCUGGCCGUGCUGAGCGUUAAGUACUUCUUUGUGGGUCUCACAGAGCAGACUGUUAUUCGUCGAGCUGCAGCUGCUCAUCGUGCCUAUGCACUGCUGCAACGUCAGUGCACAGCGCGUAAAAUAGCGCGCACUGUUUGUCUGCGUGAGCUGGUGGAGAGCGCACUCUUCUAUCAUGGCCACUUGUUGGGCCAGCUGGAGGAGUAUGAACUGGAUGAACUGAAGAUACCCGAACACGAGCUGCUCAUUCUACAGAAUUUACACACCAACUCGGGCACCAACUCGAAUCGUUCUGUGCUGCAUUCAGGCAUCAUUGGACGUGGCCUGAGGCCGGUGUUGCCCACCAACGAAAGAAGCUGCGAUGCAGAGAAGCAAGCUUUGUAUCUAAAGGCGCUCAAUGCGUGCUGCACAGAUCUGGACAAACCCAACAAUGUCGAAGGUUACUCCUUGGUCUCGUUGACACUGGUCGAACUGGUUUCAACGGAUGUGAUGUACAAUGGAUUGCCCUUUCCGGACGAGGAGUUCACUCGCGUCACCAUGGAGCGGGACAUGCAAAUACGUCGUGCCUUUAUUACCUCACCCGUGCUUUGGGCAGUGCUCGGCUUGAUAGCCACACACAGACCCGCCUUGUGCUACUCCUCCGUAUUGCUGCGAGCGCUGUGCGCCACCUGCUUGCAUCACUGGCGUGGCAAGAAUGUCAACAAAUUCCAGCCUACGGCAGCCAACGAUGAGCUCAUGCUGUGCACCAAAAAACUGCUGCAGCUGCUGGCCAUGAGUCAACUGAUACCGCCUCCACUUGCAAACCUGCACACGAUCAUCGAGCACUUCGAAGCGCCAGAAAUUGCAUUGCUGCUGCGCGAGUGCAUUUGGAAUUAUUUGAAGGAUCAUGUGCCCUCGCCUGCGCUCUUCCAUGUGGACAACAAUGGUCUGCACUGGCGCAACACAAGCCAGGCCAAGGUGGCGCCUCAAUACGUGGACACGCUGCGUCAACUGAUGCAGAAGAAGCUGAGCAAAUUGGGACCUCACUAUCAUCAGAUGUUCAUCAUGAGCGAUCUGCAUGUUGCACAGCCAAAUCCAACAGCAAUAGCAGCGACAACAACAACAGCAGCAACAUCAUCAGAGCAGCCAACAAACACAGCAAUAGCCAAAGCCAGCAUUGAGGUUGUCGAGUUGGAGUAAUAGACAAUUAGUUAGCUAUUUAGUUAAGCAUAGAGUAAAGUGUGUGUGUGAAGUGUGUGAUUGGAUUAUAUAUAUAUGUGUGUGUGUGUAUUUUUGUAUUUUGUACUUGAUGCGUUUAAAUUUCAGACUCUGUUUUUGUCGGAGCACACAAGAAUAAACAGCAAAGCAUUCAUUCAAUAUGCGAUGCAAUUUAGAUAUU